AUGAACUCCACCGGUGGGGGAUCUGAAAAGGUCUCGGUACAAGUUGCAAUACGUGUAAAACCAUUAACGGAUCAUGAUUUAGAAAAUUUACCUUCACGAUUUCAGAGACCAAUUAUUGCUACGUCACCUUACGCAACGAAUCAAAUUGUUGUUGAAGGUGAAAAAAGACAAUCAUUUCAUUUUGAUCAUGUAUAUCCACCCGAAACCACCCAACAAGAAAUUUAUGAAAAAUCUGUUGAACAUUUGAUUUCUAAAUUUUUGGAAGGAUUCAAUGUAACAAUAUUAGCAUAUGGACAAACAUCUUCAGGAAAAACACAUACAAUGGGUACAGCUGAUAAUCCUUCAGUACCUACAACAUCAAAAGGAAUAAUACCAAGAGCGAUGUCUACAUUAUUUUCCAAUAUUAAUUCCAUACAUCAGUCAAGAACCGAUCAUAGAAAAAUUACACUGUGUGUAUCAUUUAUUGAAAUUCAUAAUGAAGAUUUAAUUGAUUUACUUGGUGAAGGUGAAGAAGAGAAGAGACCUCCUGUAUUAAUCAGAGAAGAUUCUAAAGGAAACAUUUACUGGAGCGGAUUACAAGAAGUGAAAGUUACGUGCGUAGAAGAAGUAAUAAAUUAUUUGGCUAGAGGCUCACAACAUCGACAAGUUGGAGCAACAGAUAUGAACGCAAAAUCUUCUAGAUCUCAUGCAAUAUUUUCUGUAACAAUGUUUCAACAAAAAUUCGUAUCAUAUAAUGGUAAUCAAAAUGCUCCUCCAAUGUCACCUAUAACACCUACUUAUUCAAGACCCGGAACACCAUCUUCAAGAUCUAUUGGUUCAAGAGCUCCUUCAAGAGCAAACUCUGUUAUGAGUGUUAACGAUGGGGAAUGGCUUAAUAUAACAAGUAAAUUUCACUUUGUGGAUUUAGCUGGUAGUGAAAGAUUAAAACGAACGGCUGCUAGUGGUGAAAGGGCGAAAGAAGGAAUUUCCAUAAAUUCGGGAUUAUUGGCAUUGGGAAACGUAAUCUCGGCGUUAGGAGAUCCUCACAAAGCAAAGCAUACAACUCACAUUCCAUAUCGAGACUCAAAGCUUACAAGAUUAUUACAAGACUCUUUAGGUGGAAAUGCGAAAACUUUAUUAAUAGCGUGCGUUUCACCAGCAGAAUAUAAUCUUAAUGAAACAUUAAGUACUUUAAAAUAUGCAAAUCGAGCAAGAAACAUUAAAAAUAGUGCCGUGAUUAAUCAAGAAGAAAUGGGUUGGAGUGAUGUUUCACAUUUACAAUCUUUGGUUAUCAAGUUGAGACAUGAGAAUAGUGCCUUGAAAAUUGCCAAUGCAACUUUGGGAUUACAACAGCAACAACAUAGUUCUAGUGGAACCGUUACUCCAGGAAGAGUUACCCCGACUGCCGGAAAUAUUCCAGGUCGGAAAAAUUCCGUUAACGUGGCUACUAUACAAGGAAGAAAUACUCCAACGUCAGGUUUACCAGGACGUAGUACUCCAACGUCUGGUAUACCUGGUCGUAAUACCCCACCUUCAAUUCCAGGACGAAACACACCUUCUUCCGGAAUACCUGGACGAAAUACACCUACGAACGGGAGGGAAACUCCAAGUUCGAUGAGACGAACAUCUUCACCUCUCACAACCUUUGCUCAUGGAAAUGUUCACUAUGCUAAAGAAAUUGAAAUGUUAGAAGAACAACUUUCACAAUCACAACGAUCUUAUGCUGAACUCACACAAAAAUAUGCUAAAACUUCUGCGGAAUUAGCAAUGCAUCAAAAUAAUUACGAUGAUGAGACAAAUAAUCAUGGGCAAACUGAAGAAUAUGAAAAAAACAUAUCUUCUUUAGAAAGUAAAUUAGCCAUAAUGGACGCUGCAUUAUCUCAUUCCGAGAAUCUUUUAUUAGAACAAGAGGCUAGUCACAAAGAAGUUGAAGAAUCUAAUGAACAUAACAAGAAUGUCAUUAAUAGUCUACAAAAUUAUAUCAAAGAAAUCGAAUCAAAAUUAGAAAAACGUGAAAUUGAAGCAAAAUUACAUACAGCUCGUCUUGAACAUCCCGAAAAAUUCAUUAGCGAAACCGUUCGAUUACUUGAACAACGCUUACAAGAACGUGAUGCUUCAUAUCAAGAAUUGGAAGUACAGCUUAAUGAACUAAAGAAGGAACGAGUUGAAAAUGUUCCCGUCACUCAAGAAACCAAAGUUCUCCUGGAUAAACUCGAUGAUCGUGAUCGAAGAAUUAAUCAACUUGAAUUCAAAUUAAAUCUUUUAGUCGAAGAACUUGACAAACUAAGAAAGUUAGAAGCCACAAAUUCACAUAGCUCGAUAACCGCGGGCGAAGACCGAUCUUCCUCUCCUUCAGGUGAACAAAAUCUCUUUACCGUUAUAAAUCUUGAAUCUAAACUUGCUGAAUUACAAAAAUCACACGAAAAUACUGUUACUGAAUUGAUUGACGUAAAAAUCAAAUAUCAAUCAAGUCUAGACGAAAUUCAAGAACUUCAAUCUUCACUUAAAGAAGCGAAUUUAUCAUCUUCCCCACAAAUUAAUGAUGAUGACCGGUUAAAAAUAACGACACUUGAAUCAAAACUCUUCGAAUUGGAAAAAACUUAUGAAAAAACUGUCUCGGAAUUAGCAGAAACUAAAUAUAAAUAUGAGGAAUCUCUUAAUGUAAUUCAAGAACUUCAAUCACAACUCGAUGUACAUUCUGAAAUGAUUGAAGAUUUACGUUCUAUUUCGUCCACACCAAUGACUCCAAUGACUCCAAUGACUCCUAUGUCCAAUUAUACCAAAGAAACUUUAAGUAAUGCCGUCGCUCCUUCUGCUUCUAAAUCUUUGCUUCAUCGAAAAGUCAAGUCAUUAUCCGCUGAUCUUUUAAAUUCGGAGAAGCAUGAUAAUGCUCAUGCCGCUAUUGUUGAAAAACUUCAAUUUGAAUUAAAAUUAUUGGAAUCUUUUCAUAAAGAUAAAUCACAGAGUCUAGAUGCUGUCAAACAUGAAUUAUCGCGUUUAGAAAUAAAUCAUCGUGAAACGUUACAAGUCGUUGAGGAACUUCGUGAGGAAAUUAGAAGACGUGAUGCGCUAGCAAAAUUGGAAGUAAAGUCAGUAAUAAAUUCCAAACAAACUACGGAUGAAUCAAAUUCGCCUAAUACGAGCCACAUUGAUGAACUUGAAAUUAUUCAAUGUCUUCGUAAAGAAGUUGAACAAUUAAAAGAGAAACAAAGAUUAGCAAUGGAAAGCAUUGCUGAACGUGAGAAUGAGAAUAAGAAGAAGGCGGAAGAAGUUGAAAAACUGGAAUCAAACAUUAAUGAACUCAAAGAACAAUUGCGCCAGGCUGAAGAUAAACAAAUAGACAUUAAUACGAAUGUCAAUGAACAACUUGUUUAUGAAUUACAAUCUCGAGUUAAGGAAUUGGAAGAUAAACUUGUUAAAGCUUUAGAAUUCCAACAUCAUCGUCAAAUUUCCGAAAUUGAUUCAGGUUCUCAACAAAUCUUUGAUAAAGAAAAAGAUGAAUUACUGAAUCUUCGUGAACAAGUUUCUAAACUUCAAACAGAUAUUGAAACAAAAGGUCAUACUAUCGCUGCACUUUUGCUUCCAGGAAAUGAACGUGAAAACAAGAUUCGACAUCUUGAAGGUGAACUUUGUGAGGUAAAAGAAGCACUUCGUAUUGCUAUAGAAGAAAAAAAUAGCAAAUUUUCUAUUAUCUCUGAAUCAUCAUCAGAUAAUAACAUUACUUCUUUCCAAAGCGACGUGAUAUCUGAAGAAAGUUCGGCUGGCAAACUAGAACAGAACAUUGAUGAGAACGUAAUAGCAUUGGAAGACACAGUUAAAGAACUUGAAACUCGAUUAUCAAAAGCAAAAGAAUCUCGAUCAAUUUCCCCACGAACAUCUAUUCUUCAUAUUAUGGAUCCAACACAAAAAGCGAUGGAUAAUCUUGAAACUAAACUUGCUACUUUACAAAAGGUAUUGACUAAAAAUUCCGACAAUGUACAAAAUUUGAACGGCGAACAAGAAUUAGUAGCUACUUUACAAUCCCAACUAUUUACUCUUAAAUUAGAUAUAAAACGAAAAAAUGAACUUAUAGAGUCUUUAAAACGUGAUUUGGUAGAUAAAGGUGCUUUACAACAAAUGCUUCAAGAGAAGGAAACAGAAGUUGCUUUUCUCAAAGAACAAUUAAAUCAAAUCAAAAGUAAAGAUAUAUGCAUGCAAGACCAAAUGAAAGAAUUACAAGAACAUUUAGAAAAAGUUGAAAAAAAUAAUAAUGUGAACAAAGUUUUUCAAAGCGAAUUAAAAGUUAUAAGAAAGGAAUUCAAAGAAGCAAAAGAAAAAGAAUCCUUUGCACUGGAACGAUUAAAAACCUUAGAUGCUGAGGAAUCGAAAUUGCAAAAAGACUUGGAUCGAUUACGUAAAGUUGAAAUUUCGCAAAGGGAACAGAUCACAGUAUUAGAAACUCAAUUAACUGAAAAUGGUGGUCAAGUUGAAGAUUUUAAUGAUUUAAUAAAAUUAAGAACUGAAUUGGCUUUAACAAAAGAAUCUAAUACUUUAGAAAAAAGGACAAUCGCUAACCUUGAAUCUAAAUUGAAUAAAUCGGAAUCUGAAGUUUCAAGUCUUCAAAAUGAAAUCGAUAAACUAAAAUUUAAAGAAAACCAGCAACUUGAAAUGAUUCGAGAUCGUGAAAAUAAAUUAAAUGAAUCAUCACGCUCUCAAGAUUCCUUAUUAAAUGAAGAAAUCGAACAGCUUCGCUCAGAAAAGUCCGAACAACAAAUGAAAAUUCAAACCUUUGAAAUGAGAAUAAAACUAGCUCAAGAAGAUCCCACAAUUUUUUCUUUAAAGAACGAAUUGGCCGAAUUAAAAACUUCCGAAUUUCGACUUCAACAAAAAGUUCAUGAAUUAGAACAACAAUUAAAUAACGCUCAAGAGAAAUAUCAAAAGUUGCAAUUGAUGAGGAAUGAAUUGAAAGGAUUGCAAGAAUCAGAGUCCGGGCAAAAAGCAAUCAUAUUUCAAUUACAAAUUCAACUUCAAGAAACAAAAGAAGCCAAGGAAACUGUCAUAAGAGAAUGGGAAUGUAUGAAGGAAAAUUUUUAUGAACAAACUAAACUUGUCACAACUCUUGAAGGAGGACUACAAACCAUGAUGGAGGAAUUGAAUAUGGUUAAGGAAAAUCACGCAGCUAGUUUAAAAGAACUUGAUGGCAUGACCAACUUUUUAACCAACACUUUGGAACAAAGAGAUGAAGAUGAAAAAAAGAUUGAAGCGUUGGAAGCCGAAAUUCACUCGUUAAAGGAAAGUGGAAAGGUUGAUGAUAAAGAUUAUAAAUCUCUACGUAAAGAAUUGUUAAAUACUAAAAAGGAAAUGACGGAACAGAAUAACCUUUUGAAUGAACUUGAAAAACAAGUGAAAGUUUUGGAAAAGGAACGUGAUCAAUAUGUCGAACGUACUAAUCAAUUGACUAGAACAAUUGUGACACAAGAAAUGAAACAAAAAGAAACGAUCGCAACAUUUGAGCUCACUAUAUCCGACCUACAGUCUCAACUUGAAGAAACAAAAUCCACAGCCAAAACUUAUCAGGAUACAAUGACAACACUUGGAGGAAAAUUGACUAAAGUAGAAUCACAACUUGAUGAAACUAAAGCAUCCGAUCAAAGACGUGCUCAGAUGGUCAAUGAAUUCAAGUCUGUAUUAAAAGAAGCAAAUUUGGCAUUGUUAGAAAAGGAAAAAACGAUUAACGAAAAGAAUUCACGUCUAGUGGAAUUAGAAGACAUGGUCAAUAAGGCAAAAACAGCUUUAGAAUUGUCUAAAUCAUUGGAGUCAGAACGAGUUAAAGAGCUUCAAACAAAGGUUGCAGAAGUCAAUUCAUCAUCAUCUGAACUUCAAGACGCACAAAAGUUGGCUGAUCGGCAAUUAGAAUAUAUCAGAGAAUUAGAAAUAACAUGUGAUCAUGUAAAGAAUUUGACCGUUGAAUUAGAAGAAUUAAAAGUUUCAGAAGCUGAAAAAGCAACUUUAAUUGAAAAGUUGGAAGCAGCUUUACAGAAAAAGGAAGAAAAAUUACAAGGUUUAACAAAUAUUUUAGAUGAAACAAGGGCUCAACUCGAAAAAGUAAAGAAUUCCGAAAUUUAUAGUAUUGAUUAUGUCGAAUCUUUAGAAUCUCAACUUCAAGAGGCACGAGAACGUCGUGAUGAAGAAAUUAUAAAACUUAAACAAGCGAAUGUUGAGAUUGAAGCACUUCGAAAGCAAUGCGUCCUUUUACAAAACGAAGCAAAGGUUAAUAAUGAACGUUUUGAGGAAUUGGAACAAAAAUCAACGCAGUUUAUGGCUGAAAGAAAUGAGGCCAUUAUAAUGAAUGGAAUUUUUGAAUCUAACAUUAAUAAAUUACAAAGAGACUUUGAUUCAUUAACAACUGAUUUCGAAGAUGUUGCUAUUAAGUAUUCAGACGCCGAGAUUCGUGCUGAUGGACACAAAGAACGAAUUUCUCAAUUAGAAGCAGUAUUAAAUGUUAAGGAGCUUGCAGCUAAAGAACAAGACAAUGAAGCAGAAUGGAAUAAAGCUGAUCAAAUAUUCAAUUCUGGUCAAGAUGGAAAUAUUUCAACCACUCAUCUUGAAACGCAAGAAAAUGAAUCACAAUUAUCCGUUUCCGAGAUACAAGAAUUGAAUAAAAAGAUUGCAGAGUUAGAAGAGGAGAAUGAUGGAAAAACACAACUUAUUGAAAUGCUUGAAGAAACACUUAAGGAAAAUGAAGAGGAAUUAAGUGAAGCUAAACAAAAAUUAAUUAUAUUGCGACGCGAAAAAUUAGAUCUUGAAAGAAAAAUAGAAAAUUUCAAGUAUCAAUUGGUAACUGUAACGAAUGAAUAUGAAGAAAUGAUUACGUCUGUAAGAGAGAAGGAAGAAAUUGAAAAGAUUCUGGCAGAAGAAAGGGUAUUAAAAAAGAAGGUCGAGAUAGCUUAUGCAAAACUUGAAAGUCAAGUCGAACAAUUAUUAUCCAAAAAAAAUAAAUUUAUGUGCUUUUAA